AUGAUGAGCAAUGGAUGCUUCAGCCAAUUCGAGUCAGCUACAAAAGUUUUGGAAAUCAGGCGGCAUGUCUGAGUAUAUUAUUUUUUCCAGGAGUGUCCAGAAGAGACCGAUCAGUUGACUUAUCACAGGUUGAGUUCAGUCAGUAAAGUUCCAACAGUUGGGAAUGUUUCUGCUCUACGAGAAAUCAUUCAAGAUCGUCUGGAAUUGAAAACGCCAGUAGAAAAACAUGCCCCAAGUGAGUAACAAUACUUUUUGGACCUGGGCACGCGCAGCGGACUCAGGCUUUAAAAAACUUGUAAGAAUAGUAUUGUUUUAACAGAUCCAAUUAAACCAUUCUUAACAAGUAACAUAACCGUCCAUGAGCCAAAUGGGAUCGACUCUCCAUUCGGGAGCCAUAACUUUGGCAGGGUAUUAGAUGGACCAGUCGAUUCUAGUAAAUACUUUCAAGGCGUACGUCCAAAUUUUCCGCUGUAAAUAUACGUCGGACCGAAUUGCAGGUCCCACCACCCAGUUAUAAUCAAAUCAAAACGUUGCACAACUGUGAAUCGAAACCUCCGGUUCCUCGUUCGAAACAGAGUCAAGUCGUACCAGUGUCCCGACACAUAAUGGAGUUGCCUUUGUACCGACAAGUGCAUUUGAAGUCUUCAUACAAAACACCUUACAAUCAUUCAUUUGAUCCUCGUUUGCAAAUAGAGGAUAUGGAUGACUCUGCAUCUGUGAUCUCUUCUUGCAUUUCAACAUUCGGAGAAUCAUCAGAAAUCGCUGCGUUCUCUGCUGCUGGCGAGCAACGGGAUUUGUAUGAACAGUACCGAAAACAGUUCCUAUCUGACGUUCCUGUCAACAGUAGCGAUACUCCGGGUGAAGAAAUAUCAUCGGAAUUAGGCCUGGGAGAUUUUGUGAAGAGCCAAGACACACUUUCCAAACCCUUAAAUGUGCCUUCUAGAAAUGGAAUCUUCGAGAAAGGCCAAAUAACGCACUCGCUACCAACAUCUGAGGAUCUUGAAAGCUCUCAACUUCUAAUGAAACCAAAGUCCCCGAUACCGUACUCCAGUGCUUCCAGUUUCCAUUAUGGGACUAUCAGGAGAAAGUACAAACCGGUUCCGAUUAAUUUGAGCGAGAACUUCUUAAUUUCAAGGAAGACAGACUCAAACGAAGAAUUAACUUCAAGUAAUCACCUUGAAGAGUAUCAUCAAGAUACAAGGUAAGCCGUUUACUUUUAUUAUUACUCGAAACAUUUUUUGAGCAAAUUAUUCUAUCCAAUUAUCAAAUUAACCUUCUUGCCUUCUGCGUCCGGCGGUAUCGCGACCAUUACGCGUCCAAAAAAUUAACGCCUACUUUGCACUUUCCGCGCAAAUGCGAAAUUUGAUGAAUAACUACUGAAAAUCUAAGAUUCCUCGACUUUCUUGACAUUUCUGACGACAUAGUUUUUCGCAUUUACUUUGAAAUACCCCGAUAUAAAAUAAUCUAGCAGUCAAUAAGUCUUUGUCAGAAAAAAUAUACAAUAGACCUUGGUUUUUUCAGAAGCCUUCCCACUCAAACCGUAGAUGCGCCUGAAAUGCUACCCGAUUCCUUCACGAUUCCAAGUUUAAAAAUUCUGAUUUAAAAAAAAAAUUAUAUUUUCAGGUAAUUGUUCGGAAAUCUGCGAUCCUCCUUCUCUGUCUCAUUCUUCUCAAAACCAAUUUAUGCCUGAUUCGUUUUGUGAACCUUCCUCAUUCCAAGAAGAAAAUCUUGUUUCCGAUAAUACCUCAGAUUACACACCGAAAAAAACCAAGUCGCAAUGGUACAGAGAAUUCUUCAAACAGAUGGAAUGUCUACAAGAACCACGUCUUGUGAAAGGCGAGUUUCUUGACUAUUUAAAAAUGAAGAGCUUACGCUCGGGAGUGGCUGCGCCGCUUGUUUGAUAGUUUACUUUGGACGGUACCAUAUAUGCGCAAAUUUUUAAAAUUGUGCACAAUUGUGCGUUUUUACGUAACUGUGCGUGCGGAUAAUGUGCCAGGUAGGCUGCGCCUGCGCCUGUUUUUCAUGGUCGAACAGGCGAUUUCAGGCGCCUGUUUUCUCAACGCAGGGACGCGGCGGCCCGUUGAAAAAACAGGCGCCUGAAAAAAUAGGCGCCUGUUCGACCAGCCUAGUGCCAGGCUUACCACGAUAUCCUCUAAAAAUGCGAGUCCGUGACAAAAGGUCGGAAAACCAAAAAGGUUGGAAGAAAAAAGGUCGGAAAAAAGUGACAAAAGGUCGGAAAAAAGUGACAAAAGGUCGGAAAAAAGUGACAAAAGGUCGGAAAAAAGUGACAAAAGGUCGGAAAAAAGUGACAAAAGGUCGGAAAAAAGUGACAAAAGGUCGGAAAAAAGUGACAAAAGGUCGGAAAAAAGUGACAAAAGGUCGGAAAAAAGUGACAAAAGGUUGGAAAAAAGUGACAAAAGGUUGGAAAAAAGUGACAAAAGGUUGGAAAAAAGUGGUUUGGCUUCCGACCUUUUUGGUUUUCCGACCUUUUGUCACGGACUCAAAAAUGCAGAUUUUGCGGCCACGGUGUUUUUCCGCAGGCCAGAGAUUCUAGUCCACGGCCCUCAUUCCCGCCGUUUUUUCGGCGGUUCAACCUAUUAUAGGGGCACCGCACAGAAAUGGCGCUCUGUUGAGAAACUCUUUUUGCAGUGCAAAUUGAGCGACCUCGGGGCCGAGUUUGAAAAGAUAGGCCACGUUCUAAAUGGAAAAUUACUUCGCGGCCUAGAAAUUCGGCCAGAUUGCAAACAGCGCGCCCUUUCUGUCCGGUGCCCCUAUAAUAAUAGAACUGAGCAGAAUAGAACCGCCACAUAAUAGAAUUGGGCAGACUAGAACUGCGCAGAAUAGAACCGCGCACGGCUACCAAAAGUGUAGAAAGGGGCGUGGCCUAAUCUGAGACGCGUUUUCUGAAAUUUGUCGCAAUUCCAGCACUUCUCCGAUAUUUUUGUGUUUGAUAACGACGAAAGAAGACACUAAAGAGAGAAAACAUCGAAAUUUUCGUGAAAAUGCCGCGUUUGAAACUUUUUGGCAUAUUUCGCGAUACGCUCUCCGCGGCCAAUCGCCGCCGCAAUUUCGGAAUUUUCAUACCGGCCGAUCCACGGUCUCCCAGGGCGCUAAUGCUAAGCACAGUGCGCUCGUAAAUUGCGGAGUGUCGUUGUAACUUUUUAAAAUUUGCAGGUCUAAAAAUGCAGUUCAAUUCGAGUUUACGACCUUUAUUUAUUUAUUUUUGACUUGAAAAAGGUCUAGAAAACAAUAUUUUACUGAUUGAAAACCGUUCUUUACAGAAGGUUAGUUUUCUUGAGCAGUUUUCGAAAACUAUUCGAAAAACAUCAAAAUCUCCCUUUAUAGCCAGUCCUGUGGCACAACUAUGUAAUCUCUCGAUGAUGUCAGGUGCCGUUCCCGCUCAGUGGACAAAAUCUAUAGUGUUUCCCCUUAAGAAAAUUUCCAAUCCGACUCUACCCGUUCAUUUUCGCCCUAUUAGUUUAACCUCGGUCAUCUGCCGCUCUUACGAAAGGUGUCUAUUGCGUCAUUUACUUCAGCACCUUCAAGAGAUACAAUUCUGGAGCGAUAGCCAGCACGGCUUACGACCAGGCAGAUCCACAACUACAUGUGCUUUAGAAGCCAUGAAUGAUUGGACCACACAUUUGGAAGAGUGUCAACAGGUGGACGUGAUCUAUUUCGACUUCUGCAAGGCUUUCGAUAGAGUACCGCACUCGCUUCUAAUAGAGAAGCUAAUGAUGCUGAAUUUUAACGUGAAUCUUAUUAAUUGGAUCAAAGCUUACCUAAAUAAUCGCAGCUACCAAGUUCGAAUAAACAACGCACUCUCAUCAGUAAGACCCGCUCCAUGUGGGGUACCACAAGGUGGGGUUUUGUGGGGUUCUGUCCCCAGUUCUUUUCUGUAUUUAUGUCAGCGAAAUUAGCAAGAUCCUUCCUCCUCAGAUACAAUCGAAACAAUAUGCGGACGAUCUCAAGAUCUACACACACUUCCCCAAGUUAUCCCCUUCCAAAGAUCUCCAGAUCGCAAUUGACCGUAUUUCUGAAUGGUCCAAGAAUCACAAGCUGUCUCUUAAUCUCUCUAAAUCAGUUUGUAUAUCACUAGGUCGAAAUCCCACAAUAACCAAAUAUUAUAUAGACACAGCUGAGAUAAAAAGAGAAUCAACCUGCAGAGACCUCGGAUUUCUUAUCUCUUCAAAUCGAGAUUUUGCUGACCACUGGAAGAAGACCAUUCAAAAAGCAAACAUAAUGACAGCGAACCUUUUCAAGUAUUUUACUCUCCAAACACACGCCUGAUGACUCUCUUAUUCAAAACAUUCGUACGGCCCAUACUUGAAUAUGGCACUAUAGUCACAUGUCCUUCUAAAAAAGCUACGAUAAGAGCAAUAGAACAGGUUCAAGGUAACUUCUCACGUAAACUCUGGUUACGGAAAAUAGGAGCUUUCGUACCUCGAGAUUCGCCAAACUACAUAAACGCCAGUGAACGUCGCCGUCAAUUUAACCUCGAAUCCCUUGAAACUCGCCGAUCACAUUUAGAUAAGAAGUUUUUAAUCAAAUUGUUAGCUAACAAAGUCGACAUCAAUCCCGAUGACUUUUUCCUACGCUUAAACACUACACGGACUAGACGGAGUCACGUUUACCGAUGGAAGACUCCGAAAUCUAAGCUAAGACACAACUUUUUUACUCACAGAGUCUUAUCUAAGAUGAAUCCGGCACAGGCAUCUGUGAAAUGAUGAUCUUUUUCCUUUUGCGCGGGCAAGUAGCUGAAGAUUCCCCAUUUAUUCCCCCCAUCUCCCCCUCAUCCCUCCCCUUCAUCCAUUCUCUCUCUCUUUUCUCUAAACAUUCCACUUUAAAAUAAAACUUUAAAAAAUUUAAAAAAUUUAAAAAAACCCAGGCCAAAACCUUCAAAUUGAAAUAACUCGGCUAAUUCUCAACGAUAUGCGAAAUUUAUGUUACCAAAACGUAGCUAGUGCUCUAACUAUUCAAAUCCAGGUUCCAGGCGUACAAAAAAUAGGUUUAUUGAACAGAAAACAUGGAAAGAACGCGGCCUCCCGUUGAAAUUUAAUUAAUCGGCCGCCGCGUAAAUCGACACAGCCCGCAUGUUGCAAGUGUGCCCCAUUGAAAUCAUCCGUGGGAGACCGUGCGAUCUGGAUAGUUCUGAGACGAAGUGAGUGUUGGAAAUAAUUAAGCACGUUAAUACAAGUAUUUUAAGCGUUCAAACGGCAAAAAGUAUCGGCGAAUGACUGAAAUUCGCGCAUUUUCAGCACAAAACUCAAAAUCGAUUCAAUUGAUUCAUUUCUGAAUGAAACCUGCUCGUUUUAAGCUCAAAAAGUGCGCGAUGAUUAGUUUAACAAAGUUAUGCAAUUACAUCGUCGAAAUCAUAAAAAAUUUGGGUAAUUUUUGACGAAAAACGUGAAAAAUGGAGUUAAAUUUCGAAUUUCGCGCCAAAAUGGUGAAUCACUAUUGUUGAUAAACCGUGCACGCUAGGCCACGCCCCUUUCUACGUUUUUGGUCGCCGUGCCGCGACACAAUAGAACCGCGACAUAAUUUUGUGGGCCAAGAAGCUUAAGACCAUGAAAACAAUCAGUGUGUACUUGAAACUGCCGUCUACAGAAACAAAAUUGAUUGCGCUCUACUGAAUAAACACGUGUGGUCAGCAGUGCGAUCUUAGCAAAUAUCAAAGAAAACGUCCAGGAGAGUUCCGACAAUACUAUUUUCGUGUGAAUUUCUUUCAAAAUUUUUUUUUGAUGGUCGGCGUCAAUCAAAGUGAGCUCUCGAGACUAAAAUGCUCAUUUUUCCCAAAAAGUUUCGUUUUCGGGUAAUUGGUAAUUUGAGAGGAAUAACUCUCCAGCGUCUCUCGAGCCUCGAGACCGAGAUGAGACCAAACUUUUGACUUAUCUUUUCGUGGUUAUCCAUACCCUAGCUGUUUCUAGUUAACGAGCUGGAACAUGAAAUCUCACUAGCUAUAUACGUCUGUGCAGAAAACCACACAAUUCUUGCUAGUUUCUCGAAUAUUUGAAUGAGCUCUCUCGUUCUCCCUUUUUUGUCUUAGUCUCUUCAUAUUCCACUCUUCGGUGUUUUGGAAGAAUUCCCUUCUAUUUUUUAUUUCGCAACGUGUCUUGAAUCAUUCAAGGUGAAUUUCUAUAGACGUGAAUCUGAUGUCGCAAAUUUGUGAUAUAUGUAAGUGCUAUGACGACGCAGAAGGGUAAUAAAUUGUUCGGUUUCCUGUAGGCUCACCAAGAUGGAGUGCCAAGCGCGUUUUCUGGAACAGUCCGAAAGGAACUCAUUUUCAUUUACCAACCUACUAUUUUCGCGAUGAUGACCCUCGUCCAAUAAGAUGUUCUGGAAUAUGUUGUCUGAGAAAAAAAGAUAAACAAUAUGGAACACCGUGCAUGAUGUGUUCUCGUCCAAGAAGAGAUGCCGAUUUUCACGAGACUGACAAUAUAUUAAACGAAAUGAAACUGAAAAACGUCCAUUCGCAUUCACAGACCAGUUUAGGUGAAUUUCGAGAAAAGCAAAAACUGUUUACAGUUUAUCCAUCCUGGUUUCAGACUUAAUCCGAAUAUCAAAAAAUCUUGAAGAAACGACAAAAACCCUCGACGUUGUUCUGAAAGAAAUAGACAAAAAUUGGAAACGGUCUAAAUCACAACCAACGAUUUUACUAACAAAAGGCUCGCUAACCGUUAAACCGAUUGAUGCAGAUAAAUCCAGCCAAAUAAUAUUGUUUUAGGAACAGAAGAAAACAUUUCGGUUCAUAACCAACAGUUAGAGAAUUCGACGCAAGGAGUUCUGUUACGUCUGGAAACAGAAAACCAGGAUUACGAGUCAGUGAAAUCUGAUAACCAAUUUUCAAACAUGUAUGUUGAGGCUACCCCGAAUCAGAACGUAUGAUCGAAAAGUUUCAGGCCAUCCGCAUCUCCGACACUACAAAAAAGUCUGGAAACGCUGAACAGCCUUCUUCAUGAAUUUUCUAGCGAUUCCCGAACUCAACCUCUGUCAAGCAAUCAUCAGAUUAUGGCGACAGCAACAGCCGUUUAUAAGUUUGAUCCGAAGAGUCAAAGGCAAGCUUGAAAACCGUAAAUAAAAAAAACUUUUUUCAUAGGGAGCUGGCACUUAACCGUGGAGAUAUUGUUAAAAUAAUAAAAAAUAUCGACGCUUAUUGGAUGGAAGGAGAGCGGAAUGGAAGAUCUGGAAUAUUUCCGGCGUCUUACGUUCAAUUAGAUCGUAGAGAGGAUGUAAUCGUAGAACAAGUACGAGCACUUUAUCCUUUCACAGCAAGAAACAGCAAUGAGCUGAGUUUGAAAAAGGUUUGCGAAACAGAACAAAAGACAAAAAAAGGUACUUCAGGGUGAAAUGUUGACUAUUCUAAGAGAGGUCGACACUAAUUGGUUAGAAGGAAAAAACAAAAUUGGACUUAUUGGAAUCUUUCCUGUUACUUAUGUUGAGUAUGUUUUUCAAAAACAACGAUCAGAAAUUGAUGCUCGUAAACCGGUCCGACCAAAAACCCCCAAGAUCAGCGAUGAGGUCUUAAAGAAGGAAUGUGAAACUGACAAUGUCCCUAAAUUGAAAUGGGCUGAUAAAAGUGUGGAUUUCGACUCGGAAAAGACAUUGUGCGCAGCUAUCUUCCAUUCAGAAACAUUUAAAGUUUUGCAGAAUGCUGGAUUCUUUCCCAGUCAAAGUUCAAGGAAAACUAGAGACGAAAAGGAUUGAUAUAGACAAAAACAAGCCGCAAGCCAUUCCUAAGGUGACAUGGCACGACAGUAAUAAAAUGGACACUUCUUUCAACGCAGUUUCUCUAAUCCCCGAAGGAUCGCAAGUGUAAGAUAAAAGUUUCUUCCGUGAAAGACUAUUUUACUACAGGCACAGAGUUAUUUAUCCCUAUAAACCACAAAAAGAAGAUGAACUUCAACUAUUUCCGAAUGAUAUUGUAUUCGUUGUCGAGAAAUGUGAUGAUGGAUGGUUCAUAGGAACAUCUCUGCGAACAGGAUUAUUUGGCAUAUUUCCUGGAAACUAUGUAAAAAAACAUUAA